AUUCGCAAGCCACGGGAUGCGGCGAUGGCCAUUCAUAUUGCGCUUAGGUAGCUUUGAAGAUGACAGAUCCGUGGAGGAGGAAGAUAAGGAGGAGGUGUCGCGUCUCAGUGGCUGUUGUUCAUUACGGCCACUAUGUGGUCUCCGGGAUCAGAGGCAGCGUCCCUCUGAAUCGUGGAGUGGAAACAACCGGAGGAACUGGCGAUGGCGCACAGCCUCAGAGGGCCACAUUUGGUCGAGCAUUGUGGGAAGCAGAAUGUUCGGGUAGAUGGACAUUUGGCCUGAUCCACUAUUAGUCCAUCCUCUGCUUGCCAGGCCAGGAGGAUGAAGACUGAAGAGGCCCCUUCUUGUUUGCAGCAGGCCACGCCAGUCCUGGGCUAUGGCUCAGAGUCCAAAAUGCGGGAGGUUUGUGCUGGCUGCAAUACCCCAAUCUCCGAUCGCUUCCUGCUGAGGGUGAAUGAGCGCUCAUGGCAUGAAGGCUGUGUAAAGUGUGCUGCUUGCCUGCAGCCUCUCUCAGGCACGUGCUACUGUCGCAACAGGCAGCUGUAUUGCAAGCAUGACUACGAAAAGCUCUUCCAGACCAAAUGCAGCGGCUGCCUCAAAGCCGUGGCUCCGUCAGAGUUUAUCAUGCGGGUGCUGGAAAACGUCUAUCACGUCCACUGUUUCUCCUGCUGCGAGUGUGAGCGACGGCUACAGCGUGGCGAUGAGUUUGUACUUAAGGAAGGGCAGCUGCUUUGUCGCAGUGACUAUGAGAAGGAGAGGGAAAUGCUCAGUGCAAUCAGCCCUGCUCCCACCGAGUCAGUGAAGAGUGAGGAUGAAGAUGGGAGCCACCCUCAUGGUAAAGGCGGUGAGGAAGGCAAGGACCACAAGCGCUCGAAGCGCCCACGCACCAUCCUCACCACACAGCAGCGGCGUGCUUUCAAGGCCUCAUUUGAAGUCUCCUCCAAGCCCUGCCGGAAGGUGAGGGAGACGUUAGCAGCUGAAACUGGCUUGACUGUUCGGGUGGUGCAAGUCUGGUUCCAGAAUCAAAGGGCCAAGGAGCAUCCGUACUCCUCCUUGCAGAUGAAGAAGAUUGCCCGCAGGCAGCAGCAGCAGCAACAGCAGCAGCAAGAGCAAGAACAGCUGGGAAACCCCCGUCUGGGGACAGGAAGGGGGAAUGGCCGGAGCAGCAGGCAGAGCAACGAGGACAGUGAAGAUGGCGCCAGCGUGCAUGGAAUCGAUGGGCUCAUGGUACCCUACUCCAGGAUUGCCCAGCAGCAGCUGCUUCCCCUGGAUCAGAACAGCUACAGCACAGACUUGUACCGGCAAGGCCUCACACCACCCCAGCUGCCAGGGGAUCAUCUUCACCCCUAUGAUUCAGAAGGCGUCUUCCAUGACAUGGACAGUGACACCAUUGGCCAUUUGGGUGACUGCCUGCUGUCAGCAGCUGAAGCCAACCUCCUGCAAACCCGAGUGGGCAACCCGAUUGACCGGCUCUACUCCAUGCAAAGCUCCUAUUUCACCUCCUGACCAUGGGGGCGUUCCUGGCUCUUCCACUGGAUAUACACCACUCUGGGUUUAGAAGGGGGAAAAUGGCACGGAGGAGCAAGAUUGAUCUAUUUGGAAGAACUCUUUGGACCCUGAAAAGCAAAGAAAGCAUGCAAGGCCGUUGGGCAUUUGAGGGCCAGUUCCUGGGUGCUGGCCAUUGAGUCUUGGAGGACUUGGUUACACUGCCUCUCCCUUCCCCCAGCAUCCUAUAGAUGGACAAUUUCACAUUGUGUAGCUUGUACUUCUAGGAGUAUGUUUUUGUGUUUGUGUAGGGCAUUAUGGCUAAGUUAUGCAUCAGCAGCGCGGACAGGAGGUCUAGCUAGCUCUUGGUGAGGACAUGGUUUGUGGUGCUGUUGUACUGCUUUUCACAAGAUUUGCGCAGCUUGUCAUUCCUUGUUCAUUUGCUUCAGCCUUGGCAAAACUAAGAGCUCACUUUUCAGGAACAUGCCAACACAUAGGAGAGGAAAAAUCAGUCAUCAGGAAAGUAAGCCCUCCAAAAAGAGGGUGUGUGGGUUGGUACAGCACUCCUAUACUAGAAACCUGGGUUUGUUUCAUACUACUUUAACUGUUAUGCCACUCCCAAAGAAUUCUGGGAAUUGUAGAGUUGGUGAAGGUGCUGAGAAUUUUCAGCUAGAGGUACUUCCUCCUUCCAGAGUUACAGUUCUCAGGAUUCAUUGCAGAGAGGGAAUGAUUGUUAAACCAGUUUAUGAUUGUAGUGAACAUGUAAGAGUCAAGGAGUUCCAAGGAUCUUUGAGAGAUGGUCUCAAGCUGAGAUGGAGUUCAGUGGCCCUUUAGGUGUUGUUGGACUGCAGCUUCCAUCAGCCCUCAGUAGCAUGGCUAAUGGUCAGGGAUUACCAGGGAUAUCUGGAGGGCUACAGGCUCUCCAACUUUGCUCUAGAUGGAAGGAUGGUUUGUUCUACUGAAUGCAUCCUUCACAUGUCAAAGGCUGAAGAUUUCACAGAAUAUGGUCCCUACAGUACGGUUUCACUGGCCAAAGCAGCACAGUAGACUUCAUAGCAGCUUCUUCUUAUCACCAGCACAGCAAGCAAUCUGGAUCCUUUUGCCACAAGCACAACAUCAAAUUGGAUCAUGCUAUAACCCAGACCUGCGAUUAUAAUGAUCCAUUACACUGCACAAAACCAUUAUGUGGAGGUGAAACCCUUUUGUUUCUGAUGAGCUGUGAUGUGGCAGGGCAAAGCAAAUACUUGGAAUAGGCCAGGAGGCAGUUGUUUUUGUAUAGAAAUGCCCUUUACAAAAUGAGACUUCUCUCUUCUAAACUGGUUGCCGAUGUCAGUGCUCCCCUAAAGGCAACUAUGUGUAUAUAGUCUAAUCUGCAGAUCAGUGUUUCCAAAAAAAGAAAGUGAAAAGAGCAUCAUAUAUGGGGUGGCAAGUGAGAUGCUCGUCUGUAAAAGGCAUAUGUUUGAAAAAAGGGGGGUGCUCCUUUGAAUACAAGGUAUCAGCCCUGGUUUUAAUACAUUUUGAUGGGUUGUUGGUUUUUUUAGAGAGAAGGAAGGUUCUCCCGUCUGAGUUACCUCUUCUGAGAUGGGCAUGUCUGAAUGGUACACACACACACACAACCCUCUCCACCUGUAAAUAGUGUGGAUCAUGAAUGGUUGUUAUAUGAGGUGUGUGGAGUAGGGGCAUUACCUCAGGCCCAAUGCACCCCUAGUCCUCUUACAGCAGGUGUAGAGAACCUUUGGUCCUCCAGAUGCUGCAGAACUACAACUCCCACCGUCCUGGUCAUUAGCCAUGUUUGCUGGGGCUGAUGGGAGUUGGAGUCCUAUAACGCAUGGAAGGCCAAAGGUUCCCCACACCUGUCUUACAGUGAAUCCUGUGUGUGUGUACUCGGAAGUGAGACCCAUUGAGUUCAAUGGACCUUACUCCCAGGUAAGUGUAUAUAGGACUGCAGCCCUAAAGUGUCUAAUGGGCAGGGGCGUUUCAAUCCAUAAUUGUUCACUGUAGCUCACAUGUAGGAUACUGGUCUCAAUGGACAAAUCUGUUCGAUUGUUGUGAAUGCUGGAUAUUAUUUGUUGAGCCUUCACAAGUCACACAUAUACUCUAAGCUGAGCUUGAGACAGAGAUGACUUAUGUAAUAAAAAAAAGUUUAUGGUGUGUUUCCCUCGGCUGGCUGGUGAGCCUGCCUUUGCAACCGAAAUGAUACGUGUGCAUUUCAGCAAAUCAAAUGCCAGCUCAACCAUCAGUUUUGCUCUUCUCCCAGUGCUUCCAGGAAUCUGACCACCACCUUAUUUUUUUAAAAUUACUGCAUUAUGUAUGUAUCCUUUCCUUCAUCAGCUUGUGUGAAAAGUUGCAAAAACUAUUCUGGGAGUGCAAAGGGUGGUCCCUGGUGAGAUCAUAUGGGCAGGGCAGCCAAUCAGUGCUGUGCAGAGCAGGCUUCUCCUUGAAACUUCCAGAACCUUUUUAUUUCUCAUAGCCCAACCCCAGAAAGGACUAGUAUGUUCAGACUGAAUGCAGUAACAGGGCUUUCAGAUUGGCCCCGCUGCUCUAUACAUGUCUGUCUUUGGCCAGAGAGACUUUUCUGCCAGCACUGGAGCAAGGACCUUUUUAAACUUGGAGGUUGGAAGUUCAUUUGAGCCCCCCACGUAUACACACACUUUUCAGUUCAUGCACUGUGUGAACUCUGUCCUGCAAUUCUCCCCUCCAAAAAAUGUCCAGCUGUAUCUAGGAGCCAUAGGAGAGCUGCUCAGGACCUAUUGCCCCACUGUGGUUCACAUCUGUAGCGCACAAUCCAGUUGUUUCUGGCUGGAGGUCAAUGAAGGUGUGCGCUAGAGCUGCCAUUUGCAUCCUGUUACACACAAUCGUCUCAUGGGCUUAAGUGGAUGCUGCAGGAUUACAGCACACACUGUAACCAAGACUGGGGGUUGUAUUGCCAUCGUCCCUGACUAUUAGCCAGGCUGGCUGGGGCUGAUGGGAGUUGUAGUCCAGCAACAUCUGAAGGACCACAGCUUCCCCAUUCCUGCCAUAAUGGCAGAAUCCCAUUUGGGGGAAGUUCUUGGAAGCCACACUGAUUGACGAUAAUGCAGGUUACACAGACAAUUCCAGUGAAGUGCACUCUCUGGGUAACCUUUAGUGCUCCCCACCAUUGGAAACCUUUGCACUAGGUUUUGGGCCCAGAGUGACCUUUUAAAAGUUUUUAUCUAAAGUAAGCACACAUUGAUCAGUGCCCUCCACAUAAGAGAGCUGCGGUGGGGUGGGGACCUCACAUUUUGAUGCCUGUUGUGACCUAGUGUUGUGUUGUGUGGAUGUCUUUGCAUGUGCAUUUGGAAAUUAAACAAGAACAAAAACCCAAAGCCAAGCUUCCCAAGAGAAACUGUCUGCACUUUCAGCUCUUUGCAAUCCAAGUCAAUUAUGGGAGAAAUUCCAAAGGGAAAAGAACCAAUAAUAGUACUCUUCACCUGUUGUACUGGUACCACUAUCACACUGGCAUAGGUGACCCAAUGGGAACACAAAGAGAUGAUGAACCAUUUAGCCUGGGCACUGGUUCUGAAGAGAGGCCAUCCUUCCUAUGGAUCAGGUCUGCAUAACAUGGGACCAUGAAGCUGACAGCAGCUCACCAAGCAGGCACAUACAGCUACCUUCCGAGGACCUGGUUAAAAAAUAACCUAUUUUUGCUUCCUGCUUGAGACUGCACAGCAGGUGAGUUGUCAAUCACCUGGCAGGCCACAAUUUAUUUGUGUCAAGCACCCGGCAGACUAUUUUGUGUGCAGGCCUACCUCAGACCAUAGAAAUCAGCAAGGCAGCUGACAAGGGUAGUACUUCCAGAAGCCCAAAGCUGACCAUUCCAUGGUGCACUCGUAACACACCUUUUUGAUAAAAUUAACUCUCUGGCUGCUGUGUUUCAAAAUACAAUAGCGGGUAACAGGCAGGUGUA